AUGAUGAAAGCCUAUGAGAGUCUUAUUCUUCCUAUUCCAGAUAUUGGGAAAGGCUUGGGAACCAACGGUUCUGCUGAUGCAGAUGUGCUUCCGCCAAUUACAAAGAGGCCCACCGAAAGACCACCAAUGAAGAGGAUCAAAGCUUUUGGUGAAGGUACAAGGCCAUUGAAGUGUAGUCAAUGCAGUCAAUGCAGUGUUGCUGGGCACAACAAGAAGACUUGCAAGGCGGUGAUAUGA